GAGAUUGUCAGUACAGGCUACUAGACCUGCGUGAGCACCAGAAUGUGUUUGUCUUUCGUGAGCGUAGUAGCACUCAGGAGUUGAUGUGAAUUAGUUGGGCAAACACAGCUAAUGUGGCAUGUGUAAUCGGACAGUCACUUAAAAGUGUUAAAGUGUGUUUGCGCACAAGAUUCGUUUUCCGCUGAUUCAGGCAAAGACUGCAGAACCUGCCUAAACACAUGUAUAAAAGUGAGGAGCACACGCUGUUCAUCCCAAACCUUUCCUCAUCUACCAUCUCUGCCAUUCCUUAUCCUCUGCUUCAAGAACAGCGUGACUAUGGCAGUGUGGCUCCAGGCUGGUGCUCUGUUGUUCCUGUUGGCCGUCUCCAGUGUGAACGCUAAUGCAGGGGCCCCGCAGCACCUGUGUGGCUCUCAUCUGGUCGAUGCCCUCUACCUGGUCUGUGGUCCAACAGGCUUCUUCUACAACCCCAAAAGAGAUGUUGACCCACUUCUGGGUUUCCUUCCUCCAAAAUCUGCCCAGGAAACUGAGGUGGCCGACUUUGCAUUUAAAGAUCAUGCCGAGCUGAUAAGGAAGAGAGGCAUUGUGGAGCAGUGUUGCCACAAACCCUGUAGUAUCUUUGAACUGCAGAACUACUGUAACUAAAGAACCUGCACAUGUCCUGUGACAACCGCCAAUGACUUCACCACCUGUUUGCAC